GCAAACUCGCAGGCGCUACUCAUUUUCCUGGUGCGUGUGAACCCAGAAGAAAAGCAAAAUGAGAGAUCCUGUGAGCGGGUGCACUCAUGACCGAAUGUAUCAACAUAUCAAGACGUUUGCCAAAAAUGGUGACAGUUACUGCAAAGAACUAAUAUCUGUCCUUCAGCAGAGAGCUGACCUAGAAAAGAAAUAUGGCAAAGGACUCUUGAGACUAGCAAACAAAAUUACCAAAGCAUCCAGCAACAUAAUUAAAAACUCCAUUUUUGAUGGGUGGAACUGCGUCUCUCAAGAAAUGACGUUUACUGCAGAAUUGCAUGGGAAAUUAGCUAUUGCCAUUCAGCAAGAAGCGAUUAAACCAAUCCGUCAAAUGCUGGAUGAACAUACUAAAAGGAGAAAGUCAUUGGAUAAUGCUGUUGAAAAGUCAUCAAAGUGUCUUACAGACAACUGGAGUCAACAAAUUAAGAUGAAAAAGAAGUUGAUGAGAUCUACCAAGCACCAUGAAUCUGUCUCUGAUUUGGUGGAAAACAACAAACAAAUAAUAACUGAAAAAGAGAAAAAAAAGCAGCUGAAAAAACUGAAAAAAUCAUCAGGGAUGCUGACAAAAAUUGACCAGCAGUACUAUGAACUAAACAGGGCUGGUGAGGAUGUCAGACUCAAGUGGGAGUCUACAUUUGAACAGUCUUAUCAGGUAAUAUAUGAUUUGGAAAAAGAAAAGAUAAGGCUGCUAUGUGACAUUUUAAAUAAAUACAGUGAACAUGUCACUUGUUUUGGAAGAACACUGAUAGAACGUCAAAGUCAAAUUCAUGAAGCUGUACAAAAUAUUAAUGUUGAGGAAGAUAUUCAGAUAUUGUUGGACCACACAUCCAUUUUAUCAGAUGAAAACAAAACAGAAUUUCUGCUUACAGAUUAUUAUGAAGAAGAUGGUAGGAACACGAUGGAUAAGGAACGAAGGAAGACUGCACUAGCACAGAAACUGCAAAGACUCCAAGAUGCUAUAAACAAAGUAAAUAAGGACAAAGAAGGAUUAGAGAAGAUGAUCAGUACAAGUUACAAAAAUCCAUCAUUUUCAGAUCCGCAGACUGAAGAAAAAACUGUAUCAAUGCGAGAUGAGGCAUCUCUAAAACUAAUUCUCUUGGAAUUAAAUUACUACAAACUCGCAGCAACUAUGGCAGAACUGGAAGGAAAUCCCAAACCUUCUCAUCCACUAAGUGAAAACAUCAUUAAAUGGAAAGAUAAGGAACAUCAUCACAGUUUGGUGCAGGUAUUGCGUCCUAUGAAGAUGAAAAAUGUGCAGUGUCACAGAACUUUAAACUCAGUAUCAUCAGAUAGCCGGAGACAGCACCACAAACACAGCCCUCAACAGACAUCUGAAGUCAUAUACAUCAAUCAUACAAUUCAUUCAAAUCAUUCAGAGUCAGAAGUGGAACGAUCAGAGGUGGAUGCAAACCCAGCUGACAAUGUAACCAGUCCUGUUGAGGAGAUUGGAACAUGUAAAGCUCUAUAUGAUUAUCAGGCUGCCAGAGAUGAUGAGCUUAACAUGAAACGGGGUGAUAUACUUACUAUUCACAAAAAGGAUGCAAGUGGAUGGUGGUUUGGCAGUUUGCAAGGAACAAAGGGCAUUUUCCCAGCUACAUAUGUAGAAGAAUUACCCCAAAUGGAAAAAGUCAAAUCAACAGAAGCAUAAACUGGUUCAGACUGUACAUGUCACUGAUUUUUGGAUGAAGAUAGGGUGAUUUGUAAAAGUUCCGACAAGCGUGUAGUAUUUUAAUACAAUCCUGCAAACUUGAAUUUAUUUUGAUUAUAAAAUCUAAUACAAGUUUUGGACAAGGACUUGUUUUAUGUUAACUGUGCUAAUGUAUUUUCUGCUUGUGAACUGAAAAGCAAACACUUUAAUAGCCACAAUUUACUGCAGCCAGCAAAUAGAUUUACUCUCUCAAAACUCUUUUGAAGGGCUGCUAUGUGUACGAGAGAACAGAGCCUUCUACAGGCUUUCUGGGGCCUGUAAUGAGGGCACACAACUAUCUCUUUCAUCAAAUUGAAGGAUAGAAUACUGCAGUCUGGCUAGAAGAAAUUAAGUUAGAACAAAAAUUUUUUAGAAGAGGUACUAAACGUGAAAGGAACAGGGUUUAAAAAGUUUGACUUGAGAGAAUCAAGUCAAAGAAAAAAUCUGAUCUAAAGGAAUUAGACAACUGUAAAAUAGUGUCAGUAAUUAAGACUGAUAGUGCCAUUAAAAAGGAAACCUAGUCGGAAAUAGAUAAGCCCAAACUUUGUGGCAAGUUUAAUUUGUAUUUGCCACGUGAGUGUAGGGAAGUCAUACCAUUUGAUGCACUCAAAUGGGGGAGCAGACAACAAGAUGUUAUUUUGAGCACUACGCUGAGGACAGCACAUCUUCAAUUUUCACGUUUGAACUGUUUCUCUGCUUAGUUAAAGUUGCUGUUCAGAUCAUGCAUCAAUGUUAGCUUCAUUACUUUUAUAGAAAAUAAUGACCCAUUAGUGUUUAUACACUGUAUUCACAAACUCAUGUUUUUUGAGACACAUCACCAAGAGGCAAAGCACACCUUUGAUCACUCAGAACAUGUACACAUUACGUCUCUGAAUGGGGCACGUUGUGCCUGCUCCGAUUCUAUUACCUAAUUACAAUCUCCUGCCUAUCCCUCAUAUUACUGGACGCCAUUCCUAUCCAAAUAACCAUGCCUUCAUCACAUUGCAAGCAACGCUUACCAUACUCUGACUACUUGCUGUGCGAAAGUUUUUGUUCCCUUGGAUGACACUUACUUCAUUUGCACCUCACUAAAUCUAUUUCCCUCUCCAUUCCUUUCUCUUUUACAAAGGGGAACAACUUAUUUACUCUAUCCACCUGCUUUUGAUUUUGUAAAUCUCUAUCAAAUCUCCUCUUCUUCUGUCCAAACAGGACAGCUGUAAACCUUUUUUUUGGAACUACUCCUGUGCAUCACUUCUGCACUCUAUCCAAUGCAUUUACAUCACUUCCUGUUCUUUAUUCUAUGCACGUGUUAAUAAAGCCAAGUACACUCUAUGCCUUAUUAACUGCUGUCUCUCCCCCUACCCGCCACCUUGAAUAUCUGAACAUAUAUUCAGCCAGGAUCCCCUAUUACUGCACUCCUUAUUUUAUGUUGUCUUUCAAUGUUCUUCUGACCAAAGUGCAUCACCUCACACUUCUCCGCAUUGCAUCCCAUCUGCUACCUAUCUGCUCAUUCCACUUAGCUGUCAAUGUCACUUUGGAGUUCCACACUGUCCUCACUAUUUAUAUGUCUUCCAACUUUAGUGUCAUCAAAACAUUUGUACACCAAGAUCCACAGCACUAAUAUAUAUUAGGAAAAGCAAGGUUUCAAUACCUACCUUGGAAAACUCCACAAAUCGUCUGGCCUAAAAUACAACUAUUGACUAUUACUGUUUCCAAUCAUUUAAUACGUGCAAUUACUGUUGUCCCUUUUAUUUUCCUUACAGUGCCAUAUAACAAACUUGUAUCAAACUUCUUAUGGAAAUCCAUAUGUACCACCAGCAGCAUUACCUGCAUCAAUUCUACUAUCUCUUUAAAAAGAAACUCAGAAAGUUAAUCAUGGUUUUCCUUUUAAAAUCUGUGUUGACUCUUCCUCAUCAACCAACCUUUUUUUCAUGUGCUCACUAAUUCUAUCCCAAAUAACUUUCUAAAAGUUUCUUACCACUGAAAUUAAAGUAACUGGUUUGUAAUUGCUAUGAUUAACCUUACAAUCUUUCUUGAACAAGGCUGUAAUGUUUGCAAUUCUUCAAUCUUCUUUAUAGGGAAGGCUGAAACACUAUGGUCAAUAGUCCUGCAGUUUCUACCCUCAUUUUCUUCUAAAUCUGUGGUGCAUCUCAUCUGGUCCCAGUAUCGUUGGGACUUAAAGUUGACAAUGAUUUAUCCAAGACUGCUUCUUUAUUAAUUUUGAAUCCUUCUAAUGACAGUGUCUCCUCCUCUUUUGCAAAGACAGAAUGUAAAGUAUUAAUUUAAUAUUUCAGCCGUGCCCCUUGCAUCAGCUCUACUCCUUUAGCCACUCCUUUACUGUUUUAUAGAAGACUUUAGGAUUUUUGUUCGUUAACUGCUAUCUUUUCUUAUCGUUUCUCUUUGCUUCUGUUGUUUGAUUUUUCACCUCCUCCUGAGACCUUUGGUAUUCCUGUUGAUUCUAAAUUGUGUUUUCUGUCCUACACCUGUCAAAGGAACGUAUUUUUCUAAUGUUAAUUUCUACCUGUUUUAUCAUCUACCAUUAGAAGGAAUAUACCUUGACUGUACCUGAAUCAUUUACACUUUGAAGGUGGCCCAUUGUUCAGUUACUGUUUUCUCUUUUUAUUCCAAUCAAUUCUGCUUAGCUCUGUUUUUGCAUUAAGUUAGCUCUCCACCAAUUAUGUUUUCUUGCUCUGGAUUAUUGCAUGUCAUUCUCCAACAUCAUCCUGAAACUUAGAAUGACCAUCAUCUCCUAAAUGUUCCCCAAUGAUACUUGAUUCGGCUCAUCUCAUUUCCAAGGACCAGGUGUAACAAUAUAUUCUUCGUUGUUGGACCAGAUACAUACUGCUGUAGGAAACUCUCCUGAAUAAUUGUGCCUCACUGCCCCUUAUAUUACCAGUGUCCCAGUCUAUAUUUGGGUAAUUGAAGUUCCCCCAUUAAAAGUAUCUCUAUAAUGUUGGCAAUUCUCAGUAAUUUCCCUGUAGAUAUGUUCCUUUACAUACUUUCCACUUGUUGAUGGUCUAUAGAGCACAUCAAGCAAUAUUUUAAUUGUACCUUUUUUAUUUUGUAGCUCUGGAAAAACUAACUCUGUGCUUGAACCUCUCUGAGACAUCUUCCUUCCUUGACCUAGGCCUUCAUCAUCACUAAAAUAUUAUAAUUCCACAUUGCAGUCUGUAUUUCUAACUCCCCACCCUAAUUUACUAUACUACAUGCACGCAAACUGUUUUGGACUUUUUCUUUCUUCUUCUGACUUCACCUAUUAAUUUAUUAUUCUCUAUGCUAUUGCCAGCUGUAUACCUAAAUAUUUCACAGGCUCUGGUAUUCUCUUCUCUCCCUGAUCCCUACCAAGUUAGCCUUCCCAAUGGCACUAGCAAAACACCCACAUGGAACUCAAUCCCAGGUACAACCCAUCUGGCCCCAGAAACAGUCCCAGUGUAUCAGGAAUGUUAACCCCUUCCUCCUAUAGCGUCUUUCCAGCCAAGCAUUCAUCUGCAUUAUUCUCCUAUCUCUGUACUCACUUGCACACAUGCCGCUGAAGUUUACAACUUUGUGAUUUUGCUUGCUAACUUUCUAUUUAGCUUUCUAAAUUCUGAUUACAGGACCACAUCCACCUUCCUAGUUAAGUCAUUGAUUGUAUAUAGCUGUUGAAAUGCUUUAAAAAUAUAUCAGGCCUAUUCUUGAUAAGUAUUUUAUUCAAGUCUGAAUUAUAUUAAGAAAAAUAUAUUUCAUUUAUACUGUUUACUUGGAAGUGUUUCUUUUCUGCUAAGACAUAUCAUUGUAAUCAACUCAGAGGCAAUUCAGGCACCAUCCAAUAAUCCCACAUUUGCAAUAAAGUGUAAAUGAUCUGCAUAA